GCCUCGUUUCCCAGCGACGACGGCAAGCAAGGGACGCGGAAGCGAGGAGGAGCAGAAGCGGCAGCAGCCAUGGGCGUGAUGGAGAAGCUCAAGAUCUUCGUGGUGAAGGAGCCUGUCGUCGCCGCCUCCUGCCUCAUCGCCGGAUUCGGUACCCCCCCCCCGCCGCCACCCGAGCAGAGCGAGGCGACGCCGCGGCACCUGCAUCUCCGGCGAAAGGAAAUGGCGACGGUUCCAGGGGAUCUGAUCUGGCAGAUUGUGAGGAAGAACAACUCCUUCCUGGUGAAGCAGUUUGGCAACGGCAAUGCCAAGGUGCAGUUCACCAAGGAGCCCAACAACCUCUACAACGUCCACUCCUACAAGCACUCCGGCUUGGCAAACAAGAAGACCGUGACAAUCCAGCCGUCAGGUGGAAAGGACACGGCUGUGGUCCUCUCGACGACCAAGACCAAGAAGCAGAACGCCCCUGCGAUGCUCAACCACAAGUCUGUGAUGCGCAAGGAUUUCCGCAAGAUGGCCAAGGCUGUGAAGAACCAGGUUAGUGACAAUUACUACAGGCCUGAUCUGACCAAACCGGCUCUUGCUCGGCUGAGCUCAGUGUACCGCAGCCUCCAGGUUGCCAAGUCUGGUGUCAAAAAGAAGAACAGGCAGCCAACUAAGCUGUAAAGCUUGUGUUUUGUUGAGGGACCUGCUGGUGCUCAUAUUCCCAGCGAAUUUCCGUUGUUCCAACAGUUUCGAGAUUUAAUUAGAUUUAACCAUGUUAAGCUGCUGCGUGUCACUUCAUAAUUACAAACUGCUUGCACUUGA